AUGAAUGGAAGAAAUAUGCCAAUAAGACAUCAUUAUGAAUAUUCUCCUCAAGUUUAAUAUAGGAGUCUCGCAUCCCUAAAAAUAAUAACUCCAUUUUGCAUAGUAUUAGCAUUGUGUAGUAUUGUAAUUGGAUUCGUCUGGUACUCCUUUAAUGGUCUGACUGAAUAUUUAUUAGUAGGAAUCAAUAAUGUAUAUUCUUUCUUUAAUUAAAGAUAGCAAUUUUAUUCACUUGUAUAUUUUCUCUUUACUGGAGUUUUACUUCUAAAUAUGUUGUCAAUGAAGGGAUUGAUUAACCAGAAGUAUAUCCCAAAUCCAGUUUACCAUACCUUCAUUCCUUAUUUACUUAAUUGGUUUGUGCAAUUGAAGGUGGGUUAGUGUUGAGUUUGAUUGAAUAUGAUUCUUACAAUCAAUUUUUAUUAGUUUUGCCAAUCUAAAUACUUGAAAUAUUUCUAUUAUUAUAUAUGGCAAAUGUGAGUAGAUAAUUCAAUAUUAGAGAUUAUGGUAUUCAAAGAUUAAUUGUAUAUGGAACUUCUGUUGUAAAUCUAUUAUUUUUAAUAUUUGCAUCAUUCAGUCUUAAAUAAGUAACCCUAUUAAAUCUAUUUUAGGUUAUAUUAUAAAUAAACUCAUAAUUAUAUUAAAUUUCACCUACUAACAUAGAAAUAACUCUUGUAAAAGUAGUAUUGUUUGUAUUAUUUAUCACAACAUUGAUAAUUUCAAUGUUUAAUUUAAAAAGAAUCAAAAUUUAUUUUGUAACACUAGCAUUUUUGAUAUUAUGUAUAUGUAUUUUAGCAUGUUGUAUUAAUGGUUUACUUGUAAGAAGAGUACAAGUUUUGAAAGUUGAACUUUCAACAAAGAAAGGUUGUAAGUUUGCAAUGUAAUCAAUAUCAGAGAAGAGUUUAAAUGAUUAGAUGGAAUGUCCAUAAAAAUAUUUUGAUUUAGAAUUAUCACCUUAUCUUCCAUGUGAAUAGGAUAUAUAAAGUUAUUAAUGGGAAACUAAUUAGAAAAUUAAUAAAUUGGGAUGUAUCAAUUUGAAAUGUUGUAAGGCUGUUAAGCAAUAUGUAUUUAAUCAAAUCAAUAGUUUAACUAUUUGGAUUAAUCUAAUAGUAAUGGUUGGAAUUGUACAAUCUUUUAAUGCUGCUAUGUUAUCUGAAGGAUCUUAUAAGAAAUUUAGAAUGAAUAUAGUAGGAGAUGCAAUGAUUUUUAUUAUUCUUGUACUCUUAGCAAUUUUAGUUGUUGUAGCUUAUAAUAUUACACCUGAAUUAUCUGUAAAUGUACAACAUUCACUUGUUAAGUAUAUUAAUAUAAAACAAUAAUAUAUAGAUAGGAAACUAUGUUGAAUUAAAUAACUGUAUUGCCAACACCAGUUUACAAAAACUUUGACAAAUAAGAAAAAUUAGUUGGAUUCUACAAUCUACAAAGUUGUGAAUCUAUUUCUUCAAUUAUGAUACCAAAGAUUGUAUUUAAAUCUACAGAAAAUUAAAAGGGGUAAAACUAUAAAAAUAAUUAGAAUUACUUUAGCCAUUUCUGGAACAAAUGGAUAAUUUGUUGCUUUAAAAGAGUAUAAUAGUGAAAACUUAAAAGUAAUUAUUGAUGAUGAAAUAAAUAAAACUAUAUUCUAAUAAGAAUUUUAACCUAAUGAUGGAAUUAUAAUUAAAGGAGAUAUAGAUGAAGUAGAGAAGUUUUAUAAUAAUAAUUUACAUUAUUGUUCAGAUAAUCCACUUAGUGCAGAUUUUGAUUUCAUGAUUGAUCAUUAUGAUCUACCUAAAUAACAUAAUAGAAUUUUAGAAACAUUAACCAAAGAACAAUAAAAAAUUGGAGAUCAAGCAUUUAAAUUUUUUAAUGUUUAAAUAACAAUUGAAAAUUCUGCUGAUUUCUCACCUAUUGCUGAUGCUGUAACUUAUUGAUUAUUAUUAUAGCUUAUUGAAGUAUAUGAAGGUAAAUUCUUAUCAUAAUCUUGUUAAAUCAUUCGACAAUUAGAAAACAAUUUACAUGCACUAAAUACAGAUGAGCAAGGAAAUGCGUAGAUCAAUAAUUUAAGUUAAGGAUUCUCAUACACAGUUUUAAUCUAUAAAUCAGGUAUAAAUAUAAUAAUAUUAUUUAAAGGAUUUAAGAAAUCAUGUUCUGUUCUUGAUCUUUAAAGAAGAGUACCUAAAACUAAAUAUAUUUUCAGAUUAACAAAGAGUAUACCUAAACAUUCAGUCCGAAUAUUAUUAGAAUGGACAUCAAAGACUCUCAAUCUUGAUUUAUAUAGUGUAUUUAAAGUAGGAGAACAUUCUUGUUUAACUGGAGCUCUGUCUAAAUCAUGUGGAGGAAUGUAAUUGUCAACUAUAUCUAAAAAUGAUUAACAUAUAGAAGUGCUUGAUAUCUAUCAAUUAGAACCAUAAACAUAUACAAUAUUUGUGAAAAGAUUCUUGACAAGGAAUGAAGCAUUAGAUCUUUUAAAGAAUUCUAUGAUUAGUUAAGAAUGGAUUGAUGCAGAUCCUCAUAUUACAGUAUACUUGAGUGAAUUAAAUUACCCAUUAAUUGAUUUUAGAUUGCCUUAAAGUAUAAACUUAAUUAAUUUAGAUAUCAAUAUAUAAAUGGAUAAAUUAGAUUUAACUUGGAUGGUAUUUAAAAUUGAUGGUCAAUAAUCAGAUGCUCCACAAACUAUAUAAAAGAUGGAAUCUCUAAUUACAAAUGAAGAUAUAAAGUCAAACACUACAUCCAAUAAACCUUUCUGGCCAGAAAUUUGA